UCUCCACCACGAGCUCUCCAUCUCUGAGCUCUCUCUCUCAGGAGAGGGCUAGGAUAUUCGCGGGGGAGGCGGCGAAGCGGUCGCAGGAGCUCACCAUGGGCGCCGCGCGCCUCUCGCAGGAGCUCGUCUCCGAGACGGCGAAGAAGUCGCGGGAGAUCGCGGCGGAGGCGACGAAGAAGGCCGAUCUCCUCCGCUCCGAGGCCCUCCGCGCCGCGGGGCAGAUCAAAACCCUAGCUUCUGAUAUCCCCAUCCCCCUGAUCCCCCCGAUUCCCCCAAUCCCGUCCAUCUCCGCUGGAUCCGGAUCUGGAUCUCCCGCUGCCGAUGACGAGCUCAAGCAGUUCGGGGUCACGGAGGAGCUCAGGGAGUUCGUGAAGGGGAUCACGAUCAGCACCUUCCGCGAUUUUCCCAUGGAAGAUGAACCAGAAAUAUCUGAGGUUCCUACAGUGUCGAAUGUUCGGCAGGAUCUUAGCGAAUGGCAAGCGAGGCAUGCUACUCUUGUUCUCUCAACUGUUAAGGUCUGGGGAUUCAACGGCAAGAAUUUGGACGAUUCCAGAUGGUCCUUGUGGUUCUAGUGUGCAAGCAUUUCCCCCAACUGCUCAUGUUCUGAAACAUUUUAAAGGGCGAACUAAUGAGAAGAGCAAGGAUGUCACCACACUUGAUUGGGAGAAGGUACUUUACUAGCUACAGGUUCAUAUGAUGGACAUGCAAGAAUAUGGAGUAAGGAUGGUAAGGCUUUGAUUUUUCC